GAUUUUAAAAGCACUGCAGGAGAAUUAAGGAAUUCAGAAGUCGUAGGAUUUAUUUGGUGGAAUUUUUUUAUUCUACUUCAUACUACCCUAGUUAAUUAAGUUUAAAUUUAUAAUAUUUAGGAAAACGGAUAUUACAUCGUCAUUGGUAAAGUUUCAUAAUCAAACGACAUACGUCAUAGAUGUGUUUUCGUUGUUUGUAUCUUAUUUUCCGUAGCGGUGUCGUUGGAGGGGGAUUCUCCGGUGGAGCUCACAUCAUUUGACAGCAUUUUUUUUCUGUCGUGACGAGACCUAGUAAUGUAAUUUCAUUGGACGCCCCGUGAGCAACUCACACAGCCAUCCUCCUCUCCCCUCCUCUCUCUCCUCUCUUCCGCCCUCUCUCGCCCUGUCUCUCCCUCAGUUGUGGAGGUGCAGCUCCCUCAGAGCGUACACAGCGCGUGUGUGUACAUGUCAGUGCGGCGCUGCAGAACGCUGUCAACUGUGUUACUACACUUUUACUAUCUUUUACACACCUGUUUUAUUCUUGUUUUUUUCUCUCUCCUACUUUAGUUCCUUUUUUCAAAUCCACCUGGAAACCUCAUCUGGAUGUGAAGUCAAGUCAAGUGUCAGAUUUCUGCUCCAACUCCAGCAGCAGGACCCUGAUCUUUUUGGUGUGGCUCCUUGUGGUCUCUGCAACCUUUCCAACCUUUCCCCCUGAAGCUCUGACCAUCUGUGUUUGGUCCAGUGAAGCAGAGGAAUGUUUGUAGUUCUCCACUCGUAGCCACUCUGCAGUGCAAUGGGCUCAGAGGAGCGAGGCUCAGCCAUGUCACAGAAGAUCUCCUCACUGUCACGCAGCAACAGCAGCUCCUCAUCCAAACAAGAGGGCCGACAGGACAACUGGGAAAUAGUAGAAGGCCUGCGCGGAGGAUUCGGCAACGUCAUGGAGCCGCAGAAACAGGAGGGUUACAUGUUGAAGAAGAGGAAGUGGCCAAUGAAAGGCUGGCACAAGAGAUACUUUUCUUUAGACAAGGGCGUCCUGAAGUAUGCCAAGUGCAGCGCUGAUAUUGAGAAGGGGAAACUGCACGGUUGCAUCGACGUGGGUCUCUCUGUCAUGGCCAUUAAGAAGAAAGCAAAGUGCAUUGAUCUGGAUGCUGAGGAAAACAUCUAUCACCUGAAGAUUAAGUCCCAGGAGCUGUUUGAUGACUGGGUGUCUAAGCUGCGCCAUCAUCGUCUCUAUCGGCAGAAUGAAAUUGCCAUGUAUCCUACUGAGAAGACCUUUUACUACACCUCCCCCAGCUCGCCCAACGUGGCUAAGAAUGCCUCCUUCAGAAGGUGCAUGUCUAUACGAAGGCAGUCCACGGUGCAUUCAGUGGGAGCCUUUCCAUUAGGCUGCAACAGCCAGGCCAAGGUUACAGCCUGGCUGCAGUCCUCAGAGGACUUGGAUAAAUGUUCCAAAGACCUGUCCGUCUGUGACUCCUACCUGCUGGAGCUCAACCACCUGCUGCAAAAUAUGGAAGUCCUCCACCGCACAUACUCUGCUCCGUCCUUUCAAGCCCUGCAGACAUCUACAUUUGACAGUCCCAAGAAGGAAAAAAGACUUCCAAGAAAAUGGCGCUCAAAGAACUACAACAAAGAUACCAAGACAACACUCCAGGUGCCCAGCUGCAUUUCCUCUGGUGCCGUCCGUCUCCAUGCCUCCAAUCCUAACCUCUCCACAGCUGCUCUCGUCAAUGACAAAAUCGACCUUGAAUCUCUGGACUGUGCCUUCGACGUGGCCAAGCUGCAGGAGGACUUCUGUCGAGUCGCAGCAGAUUUACAUGCCACCAUGAUGUCAGCCCUCACUGCCCUGACCUCGGAGAGGGAGAGGCUAAAACAGUGUCUGGACCAUGACUCAUGCCCCCCCGCGUCCCCACAAGUGGUCAGUUUGAAGAAUGCACUGGCGACGGCUUUAUCUCAAAACUCUGAGUUGAGGGAGCGUCUGGGAAAGAUCCAUGCUGAGUCCCACAUCACGGAGUCCACACAGAUACAUCUGACUGCUCCUGUGCAGAAACAGGACUCAGUGGACGAAUCACCUGCUCUGGUGCACCAGGUGUCCAAUGAGAGCAGAGCGUCGAUUACAGAGUCUUUGUCCGAGUUCUUCGAUGCACAGGAAGUCCUGUUGUCUGCCAGUUCCUCUGAAAACGAGGUGUCUGAAGACGACUCGUACACCAGUGACGUCAGUGACAACAUCUCCAUGGACAACUUCAGCAAUGGCACAGAAAUGGAAAGAUCCAACUCCGGUCCUGUAGGAAAUAGUGUCGCACUUUGUCAGCGUAGAACACGUCUGCCGGCCCCCAGUCCCAACAACAGCACCAUCAGCCUGUGGAACAUCCUCAGAAACAACAUUGGUAAAGACCUGUCCAAGGUGGCUAUGCCUGUGCAGCUAAAUGAGCCUCUCAACACCCUGCAGAGACUCUGUGAGGAGCUGGAGUACAGCGAGCUGCUGGAAACAGCCGCCAACACCAGGGACCCCUAUGAACGGAUGGUGUACGUGGCUACAUUUGUUGUUUCAGGAUAUGCGUCCAGCUACUACAGAACUGGAGGGAAGCCGUUUAACCCCAUCCUGGGGGAGACGUACGAAUGUGACCGUCCUGAUAAAGGCUUUAGAUUUGUUGCAGAGCAAGUCAGUCAUCAUCCACCAAUCUCUGCCUGUCACGCAGAGUCUAAAAAAUUUAUAUUCUGGCAAGAUGUCAGGUGUAAGAACAAGUUCUGGGGCAAGUCCAUGGAGAUUGUUCCUGUGGGCACCACUCAUGUGACUCUGCCUGAAUUUGGGGACCACUACCAGUGGAACAAGGUGACGUCCUGUAUUCACAACAUCCUGAGUGGGCAGCGCUGGAUUGAGCACUACGGCGAGAUCACCAUACGAAACUCCAGCAGCGAUAUUUGCCAGUGCAAGAUCACUUUUGUUAAGGCAAAAUACUGGAAUUCAAGUGUGAAUGAAGUGGAAGGAACUGUGACAGACCAGAAAGGAAAGGUCAUCCACACUCUCUUUGGGAAAUGGCACGAGGCAGUUUUCUGUGGUGACCCGCCCACAGCUACAUGUAUCUGGAGAGCAAAGGUUAUGCCAGUGGACCAUGAUCAGUAUUAUGGUUUUACUAAGUUUGCCAUGGAGCUGAAUGAGUGUGAAACCUCACUGAAGUCACUUCUGCCACCCACAGACACCAGGCUGCGGCCGGACCAGAGACUGCUGGAGGAAGGAAAGGUGGAGGCUGCAGAGAAGGAGAAACAGAGGAUUGAAGAGAUGCAGAGAGAAAGAAGGAGAGUCACCGAAGAGAACAACAUGACACACCAGCCGCACUUCUUCAGGAGGUCAAAGGACGAUACCUGGAUUAGCAACAACUCCUACUGGGAGCUGAGGAAGGAGCAGGGUUUCUCCCACAUGGAUUUCCCCACUCUCUGGUGACAAGAUACACAUUUUCACCUGCUGAGCCUUUACUGUGACCUGAGCUGGUUAUUGUGAACAUCAACAUCUUCAGUCUGUUGGACUUAAUCAGAAUCAUCGCCUCAACAACAAGUGCUUCUCUCAGUUGCUUAUGCAAAGCAGAAGAUCUGUGUAGAUUCCCAUCCAUCCAGGUCAUUUAGUUGACAUUAAAUCAGUAGCAGCUGGACUAAAAGGUCAGUCAAAGAUUUUUCUAAACUCAUCCAGGCGACUUUGAGGUUAUAAUGAAAGAGUUUAAGAGAAACAUAUUUGAACGUUAUGAGAAAAAUAACACAUUCACAAGAAGGAAAAAAGCUUUUAUGAAUAAAAGUUCUAAUAUUACAAAAAAAAAGUCAUAAGUCGAUGCGAGGAAAAGUCGUUACGAGAAAAGGUUCUAAUUUUAUGGGGAAAAAAAUCAAAAAUUUAUGAGAAAAUAGUUGUAAAGUUUGUCAAUUUAUUAUAAAUGAAUUCUGGUAAAGUUAUGACCUUUGCCCUAAACAUUUCUUUUUCCUUAAAAUUGUGACUUUUUAAUUGUAAAUAUAUGACUUUUUACCAAUAACUUUUUUCUCAUAAAUUACUUAUUUUCUCUCACAACAUUAUUACUUUAUCCUCAUAAAUGUAUCAUGUUGUUCUACUAAUUUUAUUUAUUUUUUAUUCUCGAUGUGGCCUCAAUAUAUUCAUAUAUUUAUUCUGCACCAACACAAUGCCUUACUCUUUUCAUAUUUUAUUUAAUUAUUACUUUUUUGCAUCUCUUGAAAAGUCUUAAAAUGAAUGUUUUACAAUGGAUCACAUGACCUUUACAUGCAUCCUGUGCUCUUUGCUCUGGCUGUGUCUGAAUGAGUUUGCAUCUGAGCUUCAGUAGGGAAUCACAUGCAAUUAAAGUCUUUGUCACUUAACUUAUUGAGCCACUAUUUAUACUGACCCAGUGUGGCCAGAAGUGUCCAGAUGUUUGCUCAAUCUGAGAAAACAUGUAAUGCUUUCAUUUGUGGAUUUAUUUUUGGUAUUUUGUUUAAAACAAAACAAAUAAAAAUAUAUAAAUGACUA